CUUCCAUUCUUUCUUCAAUUGGUCAAUUCUCAUGUCGGAUCAAUUCGGAAGACACAAGUCCAACAGGUGGGUCAACGCUUCAGUCCCGAGCUACGGAGACGAUUGGGGUGACGAGUACGAUUAUGAUGAUGCAUACGAGUCUGAUCCUGACUCCCGGCAGAAGCAAAAACCACCAACGCCCCAGCGAUUUGAAUUGCCUGAGGAUAGUACUCCCAAUAGUGAUAGCAGCAAUGGCUACAGUCAUCCACUUCCAACGGAGCAGCUUCAUCAAAUCCAGUCCCAGGCUAAUUCGGGCAAUCUGCCCGCGCCCUCGGAUUUGGUGUUGUCGAUCGACAAGUUCAAAAACGCUCCCACGUCUGAUUCCGAUGAUCUGGACGACGAUGACGAUUCCGGUUUCCCGGAAGUUGUUGAAGACAUACAUGAUGCAAGUCGUAAAAGCAGUGCAGGCACGGAACUUGGCUACGGCCCUGACGAUCCGGUUGUCCAUACUGUGACCAAAGUAGCACAUAUCUACGACAAAAAUGGUGAUGCCGAUUUAGCUCCACCAACACCAACGUACAGUGUUUCACAAGGAGGCUUCGCAGGGCCGGAAACGCCACAAUCUGACUCCAGUUUCCGUUCAGAUGCCGACUCCAUCCAACAUGAACCAGAGUCAUUAACACUUGCUGAUUCUUCGCAAUUCUUCUCCAGGUCUCGAGAUAUUCUCGGAGCUGAAACUUCUACGGAGAAACCGCUGAGAAAGGACACACUUAAGCGCGUCCCUCCUGAAUCAGAUAAUUUGCCUUCUGCUUACGAAUCACCUUCUUUAGAUGCCAAUCACAGCAGAUCGAGUCUAGACCCAAAAUCGAAAUCGCCCGGACCAUCUCCAGCUCCAUUGGUGUUAUCUAUUGAUACCAAGAACUUCAACGUAGAUGACGGAUCUUCGGAUGAAGAUGACUGGGGAUACAAUAGUCAGCAUAGCAGCAAUGCUGAUCUCGUUCUUGAAGACGCUUCGGAAUCCAAUAAUGACAGCAAUAGCAACUUCUCGUUUAAGUACUCUUCCGCUAGAGCAACUCCGCAAUUACAACAAAAAGAGAUCGGCAAGACGGAAACCAUCGAUUCCUUAAUUAAGGAUUUGGAAGUAGCCACCGUAGAUAGCAGUUCUAAGAAAGACGAACGUGGAUUAUUACCCAAACUCGAUUCGAUUCAUGACUUCGAUAUUCCUGAUUUCCAAGACGUUUCCUUCAGCAAAUAUGAUGACUUUGAAGAUGAAGUCACAACACCAAUUGCUCCAUUGUCCAUUGACGAAGCCAAAAAGGGCCAUGAGGAAUAUGUAAGUGAACUCAAUGUGCGUAAAAAGUCAAUUAGAAAACCUCCUGAAACAAGAAAGAAUUUGGUUUCAGAGGAUUAUUCCAAUAUCGCCGAUGCAGUCAGUGGUUAUAUCAAUGGCGACGUAGAAAGUAAUAAUAACAACAUGGAAGUCAUUGGAGAACUGACGGUUGCGGAAGAAGAUCAGGAGUUUAGUCCUGAACAGCCUUUGAAGUUGACUGAAUUGCGUCCUGUUGCGUCUACAGGUUCACUUUCAACUGGUAGAAUAUCUAUAGACAAUUCUUCGCAAUUAGGUGAUGGCAAUCCAGUUGCACGAGACGAUAACGACAAUGAAAAGGAAGACAUUUCAAGAAGAAUAUCGACUAUGAGUACAGGCACCUUGAAUAUGGGUGGAUGGAAGCCAAAUACCAACAAUUUCCGAGAUCAAUUCAUCAAUGACAAUGAUAAUGAGUCGUUUAAUUUCGACCCUAUAAAACAAGAUGAAAACUUUAAGAAGUUCACUAAGGUGAGAACUGUUUCUGAAAUUUCUACUGGUUCUAAUGGAAGCACUACAUCUAUUCCGGACACAAUUGAUGCUGAAUUGCCGCGCAUUGAUGAAGAUGAUGACAAUAAUGAUGACACAACCACUGAUGAGCCUGUACAGGCAUUAGAAGGAACGAACUCUAAUUUCACCACUGAUACAGUUUUACUUGAACACCCGCAUUCUACUUUAUUCAAAGAAGAGACGUUAACGCCAGGUGCUUCUCGCGAUAAUUUGGGCAAGGCAGAAGACCAGCGCCAGAAGUACAACAGUCUAAUAACUCAGGAUCCAGAAACUGGCGUCGACAGGAGAAUAGCAUCAGACGAUACGUACAUAAACGAUAACACCAGCAAAGAGGACGCCAAAAAAAAUGAAAGUGAACUCUCUUCCAUUGAGCCCAAGAAGACGGUUUCUACGCCUCUGAGUCAUCCAGCUGUGCCGCAUAAUUACCCUGUAUUUGACUGGAAGAAGAUUAUGUCUAUUUCACAGCCACAGGACAGAAUAGCAGCAUUGAAAGAUGCACUUCAGAAGGAAAGUGACUACGACACAGGGUUGCAAACUUGGUUACAGGAGGCUUUGAAGCAAUCACAGGUCUCUUCCAAUAUUCAUAUUGGAAGAAUCGCCUCCGAAGCUUAUCAGAAUGCGACCCAUUCCGAAAUCAGAAGACACACUUCUAUUAGAAGCAGAGUCUCUAUUGUCAAGGACAAGGUGGAAGGUACUGGGUUGCUGGCUUCGAGUCUUGGAAAGAAGUUCUUUAGUAAGGGACGGAAGUUGAUGAAGUCCAGCGAGUGAUCUACAUAUAUUUAUUAAAAUAGGAAUGCAAGUUCGAAGAGCACGUUCAUUCUUCUUUGUCUACACUAGUUAUAAAUGUAAAGGUUGAGCCGGAGAUAAAAGGAGAAAUGUUGCAUGUGCUGUAGAGUGUGAAUAAACAUUUCAUUCAAGUAUUUGUGAAUAAUUGGAUAUUCAUCUAAAUCUGGGUAACUCGCUCUACUUUUUUGCAACUAAUGUUAAACCUGCACAUAAUUCAGCAUCAUCAGAAGCACUCCAUCUUUCCCAAUAAACGCACGUGAUAAUAUUG